AUGGCUGUCAACCCCUGGAAUGUCGCCGUCGUUGGCUACGGGCUGUCGGCCAAGGUCUUCCACAUUCCCUUCAUCACCGCCGUGCCAGACUUGAAAUUAUACGGCGUAGUUCAACGCAAUCCGAAGCCCGACAACGACGCCGAAAAGGACCAUGCGGGGAUCAAAAGCUGGCGAUCCGUAGAGGACAUGCUGAAAGAUGAUGAGGUCGAUGUCGUGGUAAUCACCAGCAUCCCGACCACGCAUUUCGAAAUGUGCAAGAAAAGUCUCGAGGCCGGGAAGAACGUUGUUGUCGAAAAGCCCUUUGUGCCUACAUCGCGCGAAGCCGACGAGUUGAUUGAAUUGGCAAAGACCAAGGGCAAGCUCAUCACCGUCUACCAAAAUCGAAGAUGGGACUCGGAUUUCGUCACGCUGCAGAAAAUCAUCAAAGACGGCUUGCUUGGCGACAUUGCCGAGUUUGAAACGCACUUUGACCGCCAUCGCCCGGACGCGCCUCCAGCGACGUGGAAAGUCGUCGACGAGCCCGGGAACGAAAGCAUCUACGAUCUUGGCUCGCAUCUGAUCGACCAGGUGUAUUGCCUGUUCGGCAUGCCGCAGCGAGUGACGGCGUUUCUCGGCAAGCAAAGAAGAGGCGUCACCCAGGGCCCUCACGACUCCUUUACCGUUCUCCUGCAUUACGACGGAAUGCUGGUCACGGCCAAGGCGGGCGUCAUCAGCCCGCACGUGCGCCAGCUUCGCUACUGGGUUCGUGGCACUAAAGGUAGCUGGUACAAAUAUCAUCUCGACGUGCAGGAGGACCAGCUGCGGAAGGGAAUGCGACCUACGGCGCAGGGCUUCGCGAUUGAGCCCGAGAGCCAUCAUGCUAUCUUGACAGUGGCGGAGGGCAGCGAGAUGAAACGAUCAAUCCAUCCGACCGUCUCUCCUCUGCCGACCUACCUUCAGUUCUACAAGACGCUGGUGGACGCGUUGCAAGGGAACAGUGGAGUGCCGGUCGAUGCGGCGCAGUGCAGGGAUGUCUUGAGAAUCAUUGAGAUGGCGCAGCAGAGCUCUGCCGAGGGAUCGACGAUUACGACUGCAGCGUGA